CCGCGGCGGCGGGGGGCGCUGUCCAUGGUACCGGCAGGUGGCAUGGCCCCGGUCCGCCCGUUUCCCGUGGUGCCCCGCGGUCCCCGCUCCGCCGGUUUCCCAUCGUGCUCCGCGGGGGCGGCGCUCCCGCCAUGCUCCGCGCGGCCGUUCGGUGGCGGGUUCCGGUGGCCCCGGGCGAGUCCCGGUGGUGCCGGGCGGGGCCUGGGGCGGCCGCGGAGGCCGAGGCGGAGCCGGAGCCGAUCCGAGCCUCCAGCCCGGGGCUGCGGCGGCGCCUGCGCGGCCUCGUUGUCGUGCGCGGCGGCUUCGUGAGCCCCGAAGAGGCCGCGGAGCUCGAGGCGGAGUUGGAGCCGCUGCUGCGGGGGCGGCGCUACCAGUUCGACCACUGGGACGGGGCGAUCAGCGGGUACCGGGAGACGGAGCGGGGGCGCUGGGGGCCGGCGGGGCGCGCGGUGUUGGGGCGUCUAUCGGCCGAGUUCCCCCCCGAGCGCCCCCCCCGGCCCCUCGUCCACGUCCUCGACCUACACCGGCGCGGCCACGUUGCGCCCCACGUGGACAGUGUCAAGUUCUGCGGCUGCACUCUGGCCGGGCUGUCGCUGCUCUCGGCCGCAGUCCUGCGCCUGCGGAGCUGCCGGACACCCGCGCAGAGCCUGGAGCUGCUGCUGGAGCCGCGCUCGCUCUACGUCCUGCGGGGCGCCGCGCGGUACGAGUUCACCCAUGAGAUCCUCCGGGACGAGGAGUCGUUUUUUGGGGAGCGACGGGUGCCGCGGGGGCGACGCCUCGCGCUCAUCUACCGCAAUGACCCCCCCGAUUUGACUCCAGAUCCUCUGAGCGACCUCUCAACAUUUAUUGGGGGUUCGGCUCCCCCCGCAGCCCCCCAAUAAACAGCUUCCCCCCAACUCCAGUGCUGGUUCUUUGGGGAGGGGAGUCCGUUUUUGGGGGGGCCCCAAUAAACAGCUC